ACCCCAGGUCAAACCAGAUUAAGCGGACUGUAGUGUUAAUUAAAAGAAAAGAUUAUAUUAUUGGAUUAUUAUUAUUAUUAUUAGCAAGGUGUGUGGCUGGCUGACUGAAUGAGGUUGAGUAUUAAGUAAUCAUAUAUAUAUAUAUAUAUAUAUAUAUAUAUAUAUAUAUAUAUAGAUGUGUGUGCAUAUCUAUGUCUUUGUAAGCAUGUACAUAUAAAAAAAAGAGGGUGUCUUAGUGACGGGGUAAAAGCGACGAAAAGAGAUAAUUGAGAUUAAGGUAAAGGAUAGUAGAGAGAGGGGGGAGAAUGGGUAACAGAAACACCAACAAAACAAACACACAUAUACAGAGAUAAGUAUACACACAAACUUUUAUUUACUUACACAAUACAUAUGCAAUACAUAGAUAAUUCACACACUCACACACAUAUAAAUAUAUAUGCAUGGUAUGUACGCAAGCAUACACACAUGCUCACUCAUGGUGAAAGAGGAAAAUAAUUAAACGAACAAAAAAAGAAUUAAAUAUAUAUAUAUAUAACAAUAAUAACAGUCCACCUUUCGUUAUAUUUUAUAUACAGCAACUGUAAAAGUAUAAAUAAUAAUAACAAAUUAUAAAAGAAAGACAUAAUAGUUAUAAAAUUUCUUCGUCCUGUGUGUGUGUGUGUGGAUUUCCCUGUUAUCACCUUACCUGUAAUUAAGGCCAUCAGGUGGUGUCAACAGUGUGCUGGGUGUCCUCUUAGUUGGACAGAAGAAAAAAAAUCGCAAUAUAUAUAUUUUAAAAAAAACAACAACGAACGGGAUAAAUCUGUUGAAACAGCUUUUUGAAAACUGAUCAAAAUGUCGCUGAUAGAUGAUUCCCAGCAUGCAGUGGAGAGUCUUCGAAAUAUUGAAACUAAACUUCAUUCCCAAGGUAUCAACGUUAUGAAUGAUGACCUGACAUCAAUGAUAUGCAUGCUUGGAAGCCCUGUAUUUCAACAGAUUAUCAAUCUAUUAGAUUCCGUUGAUGAAUUAACACAAGUAUUAGAGACUCAACCAAUCCCUGAUGAUUGCUACAGCUUCACCAAAACUGGUGAUUUGGUUCUAAAUCUUAAUGACAAAGCUAUAAGCAGUCUCAAAUGCAAUACUACACUGGAACUACCAGAUAGUUCACACCCAACUGGAACUAUCAUCACCGAAGAAUACAAACAGGAAGUUCAGAAAGCCAUUGAAUCAGCAGCCAAAGGAAGAUCCCUUGUUCACAUUAAAUUAUACAAGCCAGAGAAUAGUGGAUUAGGAUUUGGAGUAGUUGGUAUGAAAGAUCCUGGCAAAGAUGAUUCAGUAAUUUAUAUCAAUGACAUACAACCUGGAAGUGUUGCAGCAAGAGAUGGAAGGCUACAAAAAGGAGAUCAGAUUUUGGCCAUUGAUGGUCAGCCAUUAGACUUCUCACACAAAGCUGCCAUACAGCUUUUGAAGAGCGCACGUGGCCCGGUUGAACUGGUGGUUGCACGGAGCCCUCCAUUAGAGAGCAGUGCUGCUUCGAACAACACAGUCAGCACUGUCCAGGCUGCUCCUGCAUCACCAGUCGACAAAAGACAAACACCACCACAACGUGAUUCACCAGACGUUUUGGAACAGACUCUCACACAAAACAGACAGGAAACUUUGAAAUUAUCUAAUGAGAACAACACUACAGUUCUUCCUUCACAACAUCGCAAAAGUUCUAACGAGAUGUUAAACACAGAUUGGACUCAAAUUGAGGUCAUAGAUUUGGUUAACGAUGGCACUGGAUUGGGGUUCGGAAUCUUUGGGGGCAAGAGCACUGGUGUUGUGGUUAAAACCAUUUUACCAGGUGGUGUCGCAGACAACGACACCCGGUUACGCAGUGGGGACCACAUAUUACAAAUAGGAGAUUUCAAUGUGCGCGGUAUGAGUUCAGAGCAGGUGGCAUCUGUGCUUCGCCAGUCUGGCAGUAAUGUCCGGUUGAUAGUUGCACGGGCCAUCAAUGAACCAACACUGCAGAUCAACCCCUCUGCUCCCAUCAUUGCUACUGUGCAGCUAGAUGAGCGUUUACAACAAAUAAAUACAGCCCUCUCUUCGGCUGAAGACCUCGACAUGACGAAAAUAAUGAAGAACCAACACCAAAUUCAGGAGAGGUUGAUUGCUGAAUCCCAAAUGGAGAUGACCCAGGAAAACGACUCCGAUCUUCAAGGGUUUCUUGAAACUGUUCAAGUACAUGAGGCUCGUGGGGAUGCAAAGUUCCUGCUCCCAGCCUCCUUCCCCUUUUCUCAGCCACCAACCAAUGAAAAUGUAAACGAAAGUCCAGAGAUGGAAAUGUUUGAUGUGCAACUUGUGAAGGACACCCGCGGUCUGGGUAUUACCAUUGUAGGAUAUGUUGCAGGUGGAGGUGCUCCAGAUGAACUGUCAGGAAUAUAUGUUCAAAGUAUAGCUGAAGGCAGUGCUGCCCACCUUGAUGGAAGAACCGAAGUGAAUGAUCAAAUUAUUGAGGUUGAUGGGAAAUCUCUGAACGGCUUUUCGAACAGUGAUGCCGUGAAACUUUUACAGCAGACAGAUCGCACUGUUAACUUAAAACUCAUUCGUUAUAAGCAUGGAACCAAGUAUGAACUACUGCAGCAAUAUCUUGCUCAAGUAAAAAAUAAAGUCAAUCUUGCUUCUUCUGCACCAACUCCACAUUCUCCUUCAAAUAUGGCUGUGAACCUUGUGUCUGAUGGUGCUGAAAAACAGCUAGACAUUAACCAGAUAGAUCUUUAUGCCGCUGAUCCUGACUAUAGUGGUGAUUUGUUGCCUGGAGUGGAGGCAGCAAUUAAAGCAACCUGGGAACCAAUUGUUGGCAAUGAUUUUGAAGUUGUGGUUGCCCAGCUGUCUAAAUUUCGUGAAGGAGGAGGUCUUGGUAUCAGCUUAGAAGGUACCGUAGAUGUGGAGAAUGGUGUAGAGAUGCGACCGCAUCAUUUUAUUCGAUCAAUACUUCCAGCUGGUCCUGUCGGUUGUAAUGGUCAGCUCAUCAGUGGUGAUGAGCUCCUUGAGGUUAAUGGUAAACGCCUCCUGGGAUUGAAUCAUAAAGAGGUUGUGAGUAUAUUAAAAGAGCUGCCGCAACAUGUUCGGUUGGUCUGCGCUCGUCCAAAGAAAAGUAAAUUAGAAAACUUUGCCAGCAAAGAACAAGAUGUCUUUCAAAGCCCUUCACUACUCAAUUCCGGAGUGAUUCCCAACUCACCAUGUACAGACCGGCUCGUAAAAGCUAAAUCAGAAGUUACAUUAACAUCACAAGAAUGGACUGCUGAGAAGAACCUCCUAAAUCGAUCACGAUCCCUUGAGCCCUUAACGGGGCUUGCUAUGUGGAGUAGUGAACCUGUUGUUAUAGAAUUGAAGAAACUUGACAAAGGUCUUGGAUUUAGCAUUCUUGAUUAUCAGGUAAUUAUUGAUCUGGGCAUUACAAUAUUUUGAUUAUUUACUUGAUAC